CAUUGAACAUAAAUUUGUAUAUAAAUACAAGCUGAUUGAAUAUUAAAUUAUUAUUUUAAUACUAUACAGUGAUUUACAGUGAUCUUUACUGUUUUAAUAAUUAAAAAUGAAGCUGUCCGUAGGAUUUGUGUUUUUAAUGUGCGUCGUUGGUGUAUAUCUAGUCGACUUAGAUGCCAUCGAUGUUGAUGAAGUACUUGGCAAUCCAAGACUUUUAAAUAAUAUGAUCAAUUGUAUUUGCCGUGAUAAAAAAUGUACACCCGAGGGCAAAGCUAUAAAAGAACGUAUUGCAACAAGUAUUUCAACAAGUUGCGCCGAAUGUAGUGAUAAACAAAAAACAAGUAUUCGUAAAGCUGGUCGCUUCGUGCAGCAAAAUCGUCCAGAUGAUUGGAAUUGUAUUACAAACAAAUAUGAUCCUGAAGGUAAAUACAAAGAAAGUUACACAAAAUUCUUCGCCAGUAAUUAAUUUUUAAGUAUUUAUGAAUAGAUUUAAGAAAUUAAU